AUUAUCACAUAAGAAAAACCCCGGAAGUCUUCCUGAUUAAGAAUUAGAGUCCGAAGACUUCUUAAGAAUAGGACUAACGGAAGGUAUACUUCAACAUUUGUAAAAAAAAACACACACACAUACAUAGAGAAAGAUGAACGAAACAGCCAGUAUGUCCGUGUUGCCGGAAGUCUCCCUGUCGGAGAUACUAUCACUAACUUCACCUAGGAAUGCGUGCAGAGCUGCCGCCGUCUCCAAAGAAUUCAUGUCAGCGGCAGAUUCCGAUACCGUUUGGAAGCGAUUUCUGCCACCGGAUUACGACGAAGUCAUUGAGCAGGCGGUUUCUCCUGUGGCUUUUGACUCUCAAAAGAAAUUAUACCUCCACUUAUCGGACUCGCAUAUCCUCCUCGAUCGUGGCUAUCUGAGCUUCCAGCUAGAUAAAGAGAGUGGGAAAAAGUGCUAUAUGCUGGGAGCCAGAGAGUUAUCAAUUGCAUGGCAAGAUGACACUCGAUACUGGGAGUGGGGGCAUAUACCUCAAUCAAGGUUUCCGGAGGUGUGCAUACUUAGAGAAGUAUGGUGGCUUGAGAUUCGAGGCAGAAUAGCAGCUGUAAAACUAUCACCAAAGAGUACAUAUGUGGCGUAUCUUGUCUUUCGAACUACUGGGUAUGUCAGUGGACUUGCUGUGCCAGGAAAAACAAAGGUAAUUUAUGGUGGGACAGAAAUGAAGACUGAAAAUGUGUACCUUCAAAGACCAGGGGCUAUUGGUAGAACUGGACAUGUGCCUGUGUUUCCUUGUAGGAGAAAGGAUGGGUGGAUGGAGAUCAAAUUGGGAGAAUUUGAGUGCAAUGAAGGAGAUGAUAGGGUGGUCGAGAUGGCCUUUGAUGAGCAUGAAGCCUGGAAGAAUGGUCUUAUCGUGGAGGGCAUUGAGCUUCGGCCUAAAUAA